AUGUGGUGCUAUUGUCGGCCGAGCUGUCGGCGCGUUGCUGUUCGUCUUUGCUUCGCGGCACUCACUCGUGUCGUUCAUCGUUCAUCGAUUUAUCAUCGAUGUUUCGAUGGAAUGCCUUGCAUCCCGAUCAGCGAGCCACGAAAAGGGCAACAUCGAAGUGAAUAAGCUCAUCAUACGGGUCGAGCUCUUUGAGCUCGCAUCCCCAGGGCACGCAGUGGGCGCGCUGGCGGUGCGUCGUGAAGUGGACCUUCUUCUGCUUCGCUCAAAGAUAUCGGCUCUGCUGUGUUGUCUCAUCUUCCUUUUGCCCUUCAAUUCGGGGGAUUCGAAGGUGGGAGGCAGGGCAAGGGCGGGAAGCACAAGGGAGGCAGGGAGUGAUGCAUGCAAGAAUGCUUCGAUGCAUUGCUGUCCUUUCACAGGCAUUUGGCGUGAGCCGUUGCCGUUUCAUCACCGCCUGCAGGCCGCCAGACAGGCUCAGCCGGGUGCGAGAGGAACACAUGAGAGCAAGCCAUCAUGUAGGCAGCUUUCUCCUGUAUCCUGCCUUUCUGGGUGUGCUGCUUUACAGACCCUAUGUCGUUGCAGCAGCUCUACGAGACGAGCCGGCGCGACAACACGGCAGACUGCUGGUGGGAGGAGGAGGGGGGCAACGACAGCCUCGGCCACCGGCUCUUCUUCGGGGUGAGCAUUCUUCCCCCACUAGCGUCGCUGAAGUUCAGCGAGCAGACACCCGACCCGACGGAUGGGUCCUACACCCAGGAGUGCGGCCUUCAUGCGUGCAACAUCGCCCUGCAGUACCCCGCGUUGCCACACGAGAAGGCGUACUUCAAGCGGACAACCAACGACGCCUUGACGGCCGACGGGGUGCGGCGCGAGGAGGACUGGCACCGACUGUGCCUGGGGGACAUCGGCCGAUUCAUCAGCAACAAGCGGAGAGACGACAAGGAGCCAGGCGUGGGCGAGGGCGAGAGGACGUCGAAAGGGGCGAAACCUACCACCUCACUCAAGGGGGUGAGUGAUGAGGGAGGGAGAGCGAUAUGGUGAUAUCCGUUUGGCUCCUUCGUUGUGUGUGUGUGUGUGUGUAUGGAUGGAUGUGUGUGUGUAGGUGAAGGGCGACGAUAAUGCGCUGUGUUCGAAGGUCGGUCUGCUCACGGACCUGAAUGAGGAGAGGGCGGGGGCGGUGAUCGCUAUCAUGCUACGUGAGGAUGAACACCUGCUGACCUUCAAGCCGCUGCGAGAGGGAUUUUGGGCUGACGGCGACUCCAUCGUCGCCAACAACCGCAGCCGCCGCCUGAUGACUAAGAGGGACACCGCAGAGAGGGUGACCAAGGUGCGCUCUCACAUAUGACACACAUCACGCGACCAGCGACUUUUGUACUCUCAUUUCGGUCCAUUCAGGACUCCAUCGUGGUGUUUGGGGACGAGAAGGCUUACAAUGCGGCGAAGAAGCAACAGCAGGACAACCGAGAUGCGCCCAUCGCAUUAGACGAUGACGACGAGCUGCAGCCCCCGGCUCCAGCAGCAGCAGCCGCGGCAGACCACCCACCUCCCAUCGACAUGGAAGCCGAGGUUGGGGACAGCCAUGCGCCCCAGCACCCUCACCCCGCACCGCAUUCGAAACAGCAGGCUGACCGACAUGACGAUGAGGGUAUGGAGGUCGAGGUAGGGGGAGGCGGGGACGCUGCGUUGGCCGUGGGCAUCGGGGGCGGCGGUGACGCUGUUGGGGGCGGCGAGGCACGGGCGGCUGCCCAUGAUAUGGACAUCGACAAUGGCCAUGGUGAGUGAGUCAAGCAGUGAACAGACAGAUCGACAGACAGGGAAUAGGGAGGGGGAGGGAGGGAGUGUUCUUCGGAUACACGCCUCAACAUGUUUGUUGUGCGUGCCUUCACUGCAGAAGGGCGCGGCGCGCAGCAAGACGAUGAGUACGCAGUCACACACACACACACACACACACACAACACGCAGCCCGACCGGUCCUCAUGCACCUGUGUGGUCGAUGACUGGUGACUCAUUCAGGUUGUCCCUCGCCGAGCGUCUCAAGGCCAAGAAGAACAACAAGAGGAAGGCCGCGGAGGGAGAAGAGAGAGAGCGCCAGGAGGGGCCCCCGCCGCCCAAGAAGUCUCGCUUGCUGGAAGAGAUGGCCGACACGGACAGCUGGCAGGCUAAGAAGGGGCGCAUCGACCUCAAUGGCGGGUACCGACUCCGCCGCACAAGAGUGCGCGCCAGGCGGUGUGUGGACGCUACACGUGCCCUCAGCUAG